GCGUGAUGUUCACAUUCGUAUGGCUCUUGGCAAUUGUUUCUCUGGCUGUGGCUGCCCCUCAAGACGUACAACAGUCACACUCUAAUGAUAAUCACUGUAAUACUGGAUGAGCGUGUUGUAAAUUUGGUUUUGCCAGAGAGUAUCGUCUCAUUGUUUUUGUACUGCAAAUUGCAAACAAAUUCUGUAUGGCAAAACCAAAUUUAAACCAUGUUCAUUCAGUAUAAAAAGAUAUAACACAAGUACUUAUGAUGACGCCGACUAUUGGCUGAUACAGUACUGUAUAUUUUGCUCGCAAACUUACCAAUCACCUCUACAAAUAAGCUUACAUUUACGGACGGACAUUGCGAUUACGCAUUUCUGAAUCAUAAAACGUAAAGAAUUAUUUUUAUAAUCUGAAACGUAGAUCUGAAUAAAGCAUUACUUAAAUAAAAAGAUAAUGAUCCCUACAUGUAUGUCAGACAUUAAAUGGAAUGGAUACACCUUGGAACAAGGCGCGACAUGGAUAACGGGCGGCUCUGAAGGAAAUUCAGUUUGGGAUCUCGCUCAAAAGUACAAUCUUAGUGGAUUUUUUACAGACUGGGAGGACUAUACUGCAAGAGACUCAAACGGAAAUGACGUCACUGAAGAAUUUGAUUUGGUUUACGAUCGCCUUUUGCCUGCUAGGGAUUUUGAAUACGAUUUGAGCGUAGAGAAGCUUGAAAACAACAAGACUGAUAUUACAAAAAAAGUCGCACUUCGACUGGGUGGUUGGAAUGCAAAUUCAAGCUAUGAUUAUGCUGCUCAAUACUACGAUUAUGACUAUGAGUAUGCAGAAGAUAUUGACAUCCUUUCACUUAAAUACGGCUUGGUAUACACCUACGAUGAUUUUAAUGAUUCCGACUAUCAUGUUUUAGAUUCAAGAGGAUACCGUUAUUUGGUACAGGCCACGGCUGAUGAAUUUCUUGAUGGAUCAAACCUUAUGCUCAGCAAAAUCGUGUCCAAAGUUGACACUUUACCAAACCGGGUUAGAGUAAUUUGAAGCAUCAUAUGCGAUAAUCACAGGCUGGUAUCGAAAGAUUUGUCCGCAGUGACGGAGCAUGCUAUUUUUCAUAAAAACACUAAGAAUGCUUCACGAUUUAUUUUUUAACAUAUAUGUUUCGUUAUAUCAAAGAUAAUUACUUACUCCAUGCAAUGGAUAUAUCAUUUGCGUGUAACCUUCACUUCUGUUUGAAGUCCAAUAACGCUUGGAGUAAAAUCUAUUGAAAACGGCGCCAGAGUAUCAAAUUCUAAAAUGUACCAUUUCUUUUUUAACUUUUUAAUGGCAUGAUAUAGUGACACGAUAAUAUUAACAAAUGUUUUCAGCAUAACUCUGAAUGUAUUAAUGAGAUAUUAAUGCAUUG